AUGAGCAAAGGUGAUGACAAGGAUGCCUCCGCUAUAAGUGUGUGGAAGAGGGAAUUGGGGCCAAGCCUAAGUGAUACAUUUUUACGAAAGAGUAUAGAUAAGCUUAGGAAUAAUAAUAGAUGCACAAAUAGUGAAGAUGUUGAUAAGGGACAAAGAUGCUCACAAAGAAACAUAAUUGUAGAAGGACGAAAAAAAAAUAUAUAUCCUGAUUUUGUCUGCAGAGAUGAAUUUACAUUUGAUGAGAAUAUUACAUGCUUUCCUAAUUAUAUGCACAAAUCAUCUAUAAAAAUAAAAAAUAAACUUGAGAUAUGUGAUGUAAUAAUUGAGGUAAGAGAUGCAAGAGUUCCCUUUACAAGUACCAACUAUUUUAUUACAGAUAAUUUAAAAAAAUAUAAAAAUACACAAAAAAAUGUUAUAUUAUUAAAUAAAGUAGAUUUAAUAUCAAAGGAAUUAGCAUUAAAGGCGCAAAAAAUAAUAGAAGAGAAAACAAAUUCGAUUUGUUUACUAACAUCAUCAAAAUAUAAUAAAAACAUAUCAAAAAUAAGAGAUAUAUGUAAAGAGAUUAAACCGAAAUUUAAAGCUUUUGGUUUGUUUUGUAUGCUUAUUGGUUUACCAAACGUAGGAAAGUCAAGCAUUAUAAAUUCAUUUAAAGAAAUUACAUACAAUUUAGGAAAAUAUGGAUAUAAAAAUAAUAAAAUAGCAUAUGAAGUUAACAGAAAAAAAGUUAAAACAAAUAUAUUGGCAGGUACUACUAAAUUAAUAGAACAAUAUAAAGUAUCAAAUAACCCAUUAUUAUAUUUUAUAGAUACACCGGGUAUAUAUUUACCUAAACUGUCAGAUAAAGAAAUUUCGUUAAAACUAAGUGCAAUUGGGAAUGUGUUAGAUUAUAAAUAUAAUGAUAUGUAUGUCGGGGAUUAUAUAUUAUUUAUGUUAAACAAAAAUAAAAAUUAUAAUUAUGUUAAAAUUAUUGGUUUAGAUAAGCCUACUAACGAUAUAAGAUUUGUUAGUAAUGUUAUUUCGACAAAAUUAAAUUUAUGUAGAAAUUAUAAAUAUUUAGAUAUUAAUGGAGGGUGUAAAUUUUUUAUAGACAUGUUUAGAUUAGGAUUAUUAGGACAAACAUGCUUAGAUGAGAUUCCUAAUAAGUCUGAUUUUGUUACUUAUUUUGACUUUAAUUCUUCUGAACCAAUUGCAGUUGAUUCUAAUUUAGCCCCUGUUCCAUUCCGGGGUCUCACUUGA